GGUCUCAGGUUCAAUUCCCAGUCACGGGCAUGUAUCCAUAAACUAGGGCAAACUUAUUUGAAGCACUAAAGUCUAUAUUAUCCCAUUCAGAGUUAGUCACUGAUUUUAUCUUAAAUAUAAGAAUUUUCCAGGAGUAUUGAUUAUAAUAGAGCAGUACGUAGUUUAAACUCCUCAAAAUUUCUUAUCUUAUGGCCCUGUAAUGCAGCUUUCCUUCCUUCCUUUUUUUUUUUUUGUCUUUCCCCAGAAAGUAAUAGUGAAGUAAAAAUUCUGCUCUUAAGUUCUAUGGAUUGUACUUUCUCUUCUUUCAUUCUCACCUUUUCUAAUAUUGUGUGUUUAUUACAGAAAAGGUUUUCUUCAAAAAUGGAUGGGAUGUCUUCAGAAACUAAUGAAGAAAACGACAAUACAGAGAAACCUGUUAGAAGACGACAUUCCUCAAUUUUGAAACCCCCAAGGAGUCCUCUGCGGGACCUCAGAGAUGGGAAUGAAAUAAUUCAGGAACCCAAUGCUUCGAGAAAUAAGAAAAGCUCUCGUCGAGUCAGCUUUGCAGAUACUAUAAAGGUAUUCCAGACAGAAUCUCAUAUGAAAAUAGUGAGGAAGUCAGAAAUUGCAGAAACAGAAGCAAGAGAAAAUGUUCUAUUUAUACAGAAUAAGAAUUCAGAAGAUAAUUAUUGUGAGAUUACUGGAAUGAACACAUUGCUUUGCGCUCCCAUUCAGACCAAGAUGCAACAGAGAGAGAUUUCAGUUAUAGAACAUGACCAUGAAAAGAAACAUUCACAUGACCAGACAGUCAUCUUUUCAGAUGAAAACCAGAUGGACUUGACAGCAAGUCACACCGUGAUGAUUACCAAAGGCCUUUUAGAUUCUACAAAAAGUGAGAAGUCCACCAAGAUAGAUACCACUUUGUUUCUGGCUAACUUAAAGCUUCACUCUGAGGAUUCAAGAAUGAAAAAAGAAUUAAAUUUUUCCAUGGAUCAAAAUACUAAUUCAGAAAAGAAAAUAAAUUUCAGUGACUUCAUAAAAAGAUUAAAAACAGGGAAAUCUAAUGCUUCUUCUACAGGACCUGAUAAAGAAAAUUCUGAGAUAUCUAUUCAUUCCAAAGAAUCAAAUAGGGCCUCUUCCAUACAUCAAAUGCAUGCAUCCCUUAAUGUAGAUGAAAAUAGCAGUAAUGUGACUAAAAUCUUUAGAGAACAAGAUGAUGGGAUGAAUUUCACCCAGUGUCAUACAGCCAAUAUUCAGAGUUUGGUUCCCACAUCCAGUGAGGCCAACUUAAGGGAAUUUAAAAGUGAUGAUAUUACAGUUUAUGGCAAUGACUUGAUGGACUUGACAAUAAACCGCACUAUACAAAUUUUACCCUCAGCCGAUAAUUUAUCUGAAAUAGAAAAUCAAACUCAGACUGUGAUGAUCGAUGUUACAACAGGUUGUAGAACUAAAACUCCAGGAAAGAAGACAGUCUUUGAGAAUAAACCAAAUGCUGCUUUUCCUGACCAUUCCUUAAAUCCUAAAGGUGAAAUACAUAUUACCAGAGGUCAUAUUACUGGGACAGAAACUCACACAGUCACACAGACUUCUAACCAAGAUGUUAGAACAUUGGCCAUGAUCCCAGAACCUAUAUGUUCCAGUCCAGAAAUUCAAGGUUAUAAGACGUUUUUGUACUCUAGUUGUAAUGAUGCCAUGGAACUGACCAAAUGUCUCUCAAGUAUGAAAGAGGAAAAAAAUUUGCUGGAGCAUGACUGUAAUUAUGCCAAAAUGUAUCAUAAUUCAGAUGCCAACUCUCUUCUCAUAGGGAAAACUAUUUAUUCAGGAGAGGAUAGCAUGGACUUUACUAAGAGUCACACAGUUGCAAUAGAUAAUCAAAAUUUUAAAGAAGAUCAGACAAAUGUACAGAUAACAGCCAUACCAAUAUUUGAAAAAGAAGUGAUGUUCCAAAAUCACUUAACUGUAUCAAAGGAUGAGGAAAUGAAUGUGAAUUGUAGCUCAGUUCCUUAUGUAUCUAAGGAAGGAUUACAGCAGGAUCAGGCAAAUCCAUUGUCUAUUUCAUUGACUGGCAAAAAGACUGUAAUCUUCACAGGUGAAGAAAAUGAUUUGACUAAAAGUCACACAACUAACUUAGGAAGUCAAGCUCCUCUUGCAUCUUAUAAUCUAGCAUCUGAGGAUGCCAGUAAAUCUCACUGUGACAGCAAGAGCCUUUUAAAUGAAUGGGAAAAAAUGACCAAAAGUCAUAAUGAACUAUCCCAACAACCAAAAAUUAAAUCUAAAAACAUCCUAACUGACACCUGGGGCAAAGAAAUAAAUCAAGUUUUGAAGAUUUCACCCUAUCUUGAUAAAGUUUCUUAUCAGUCAGUUGAUGUAAACCAGGACAAAGCAACAAGCUAUAAUAUAGUAUACUCUGGUGGAGAUCUUAAUAAACAAGUAGCACUGGGAAAGAAUAGAAAUACAGUUUCAUGUGAGCAAUCUUUGUUUCCUACCACGCGACUAUUUUCAUCAGAAGGACAAUCUGCCAUGGAAAAUCAUAAUAUUGCUGUUAACAGUCAUAUAGUAAAAUCUAUACCAAGCCAGAAUUCUAAACUGCCUGAGUCACUGAGGGAAAGUUUAGGCAAUCCCACCUUUGACUGUUCUCGUGACAAGACAAUUAUUUGUUCAGAAGAGGAACAAAAUAUGGAUCUUACCAAGAGUCACACUGUUGUCAUUGGAUGUGGUCCUUCUGAAGUACAAGAACUUGGUAAGACUAAUUUAGAACAUACUAACAGCCAACUAAUAAACAGACAGGUAGCUGUUAAAGUUGAAAAAUGUAAUAAAACUCCUAUAGAAAAAACUGGAGUGUUUAUUUUUAAUGGUAUGGAUGUAUUGGAGGACAGAAGUAUACAGAAACCUGGAUUCCUGAAUGAAAAGCAAGAUGUCAAAAUUUGUGGAAGGAAGAGUAUUGAUGGACUAAAAAUUGAUAAGACUGUUAUAUUUUCAGAGGGUAAUGAGAAUGAUAUGGAUAUCACCAAAGGUUAUACAUUGGAAAUAAAUCAUAAACCUUUAUUAGAUGAACAUGAUUCCCAUUUGGUGCCUUUGGCAGGAACUUCUAAAACUGUUUUGUAUACAUGUGGGCAGGAUGACAUGGAGGUCACUAAAAGUCACACAACUGCCAUAGAAUGUGAAACUGUGUCACCAGAUGAAAUAAUUACCAGGCCUGUGGACAAAACUGUAAUAUUUAUAGAUAAUCAUGAUGAACUAGAAAUGACAAAGUCUCACACUGUUUUCAUUGACUACCAAGCAAAGGAAAGAACUGUGCUUCUAGACAGACCUGACUUUGAACUAUCUAAAAGGAAAAGCCUAGGAAAACCAAAAGUGACUUCUGCUGAGAAGAAUGUUUUCUUUCCAGAGAAUGGUGAAAAUGACCAUUCAGCAGCAAAAGUCAGCCGGCUAACAGUACUUGAGGAACAGUCUAAUAGUGGUCCUAAGGAGAAAGCUGUAGCAUUUAUAGCUGAUGAGAACAUGGAAGUGUCUGCAUCAACCAUUUGGAAAAGCGACAAAGAUAUACAAAAGCCUGCAUUUCUGAAUGAGCCUCUGUCAGGCAAAAGUCAAAGAAGGAAAAGCCUUAGACUCAAAAAUGGCAAGCCCAUUGCAUUUUCAAGUAAUGAUAAAAAUGAUACUAUCCAGAGUUGUACAGUGGAAAUGAAUAACAAAAGUGCCCUGGAAGAUAGAGAAGACACCUGUUUGAUGUCUUUGGCAGGAACUUCUAAAACUGUUUUGUAUACAUGUGGGCAGGAUGACAUGGAGGUCACUAGAAGUCACACAACUGCCAUAGAAUGUGAAACUGUGUCACCAGAUGAAAUAAUUACCAGGCCUGUGGACAAAACUGUAAUGUUUAUAGAUAAUCAUGAUGAACUGGAAAUGACAAAGUCUCACACUGUUUUCAUUGACUACCAAGCAAAGGAAAGAACUAUGCUUCCAGACAGACCUGACUUUGAACUAUCCAAAAGGAAAAGCCUAGGAAAACCAAAAGUGACUUCUGCUGAGGAGAGUGUUUUCUUUCCAGAGAAUGGUGAAAGUUACCAUUCAGCAGCAAAAGUCAGCCAGCUAAUAGUACUUGGGGAACAGUCUAAUAGUGGUCCUAAGGAGAAAGCUGUAGCAUUUAUAGCUGAUGAGAACAUGGAAGUGUCUACAUCAACCAUUUGGAAAAGCGACAAAGAUAUACAAAAGCCUGCAUUUCUGAAUGAACCUCUGUCAGGCAAAAGUCAAAGAAGGAAAAGCCUUAGACUCAAAAAUGGCAAGCCCAUUGCAUUUUCAAGUAAUGAUAAAAAUGAUACUAUCCAGAGUUGUACAGUGGAAAUGAAUAACAAAAGUGCCCUGGAAGAUAGAGAAGACACCUGUUUGAUGUCUUUGGCAGGAACUUCUAAAACUGUUUUGUAUACAGGUGGGCAGGAUGACAUGGAGAUCACUAGAAGUCACACAACUGCCUUAGAAUGUAAAGCUGUCUCACCAGUUAAAAUAACCACUGGGCUUAUGGACAAUACUGUAAUGUUUAUACAUAAUCACAGUGAUCAGGAAGUCACCAAGUCCCAUACUGCUGUCACUGAAUGUCAAGCCACAGAAAAAAUACUUCAAGAGUGCCCUAAAUUUGGAACAGCAAAAAGAAAAACCUUGGGUGUUUCUUUUCCUAAGGAUGGUAGCUCUGUUCAAGAAAUCACUAAAAAACAAGCACAGGCUGUAGAAAACAAAAUUGUUCUUCAUACUGAGCAAAAGCAUCAUGUGAUACCCUAUUCUAAUACAUUGUCUGGGGAUCAAGGUGAGAUAGGAAUCAUCAAAUUCCAUAACACUGCUGUGGAUGAAAAGGUCAUGGCAAAAGUUGUAGACCAGGCCUAUACAUUGGAAAAAGCCAAACUUGAAAGCUGCCACUUAAAUAGCACAGAGAGAAGAAAUGUAGAUUUUACAAACAGUCAUGCACCUGCUAUUUGUGGAUCAAGCAAUAAUUAUUCCUGUUUACCAAAUGCUAUAUCCUCUUUUGAUAAUUUGGAGGGGAAUGUCAUGUCCUUAUGUGAUAAAAAUGAGAAAGCCAGUAAUUGCCCAGUGCAGAAUGAUCUUGCUUAUGCAAAUGAUUUAGCCAGUGAGUAUUGUUUGAAAUCUGAGGGAUUGCUUCUCACUACUCCUUGUUCUUUGUUAGAGAAGGAGAAAGUUACUCAGACCAAUACCAAAGGACAUUUAGAUGACUAUGUCAUAACAGUGCUCAAAGAUCAAGAUCUGAUUAAGGAGCCCCAAAGUCUAUUAGCUAAUCAAACUUUAAUACAUGGUCAGGAUUUGGGGAACAUAACUAAACUUGAUUCAAAGGAAGUAUCUUUUACUCUUCCAGAGGAUCAUAUGGAGGACUUUGUUCAUAAUGCAGAACAUAGUUUAAAGCAGACCUUUGUUGAUGAUGUUUAUAUUGGUUCUCAGCCUCAUUUCUCAACCCACCUACCUCCAUUAUCUCAACAAGGACAGAGUAUUGUUAAUAAAGAUGAAGCAAUAUUGUCUAAAGCUGGAAAUAAGAAUUUAAAUACUGUUAUAAGAAAUUCCUCUGUACCCACAUAUGAAAACGAGUCUAAGAUGCUUAAUAAUGAGAAAAAAUUUACUGUAGCCUGUGAAAAAGAACUGAAGAAAAAUAUCCAAACAGCUAAAUGUAAUAUAGCCAUAGAUUUCCACAGUAACUCAGAGUUGGCUAAGCAAGUUAUUCAAACUCAUGCCAAUCCUAAAGAAGCAUCAGAUCCUGUAAUUGCAUCUAAUGCUUCAAGUUUUAGUAGUGGCAAACCAAAUCUGAAUAAUUUGAAUGGGAAAACUGAAGAAUUUUCAGAUUUCCUAACUGCUCAUAUACCACCUUUUCCAGAACAAUUACUUGAAUUAGUAAAUAAGGCAGACAGUGAUAUGAGUGUAGUGCAAGCCACAGAAAUAAAUAAUAACACAGUGUCCAACAGUGUUAAAGAUGAUAGGGAUGAAGAAAAUACAUUUUUUCAUAAUCGAGCUGAAACCAACUCUGUACCAUUAAUGACAGUUGUAAAUGAUAAAGUGAGAAGAUGUUCUUUGGGAAUAUUUUUACCCAGAUUGCCAAAGAGAAAUUGUAGUGUCACUGGUAUUGAUGACCUGGAGCAAAUUCCAUCAGAUACAACUGAUUUAAAUCACUUAGAAACUCAGCCGGUCUCCAGUAAGGAUUCAGGCAUUGGAUUUAUUGGAGCUAAACUGAACUUAAGUCCAUCUCAAUAUAUAAAUGAGGAAGAUCUUCCUAUAUAUCCUGGUGAGAUUAAUUCCUCAGACUCAAUUAGCAUAGAAACUGAGGAGAAGGCUUUGAUUGAGACAUACCAGAAAGAGAUUUCACCAUCUGAAAAUAAAAUGAAAGAAAUCUGCAAUAGCCAAAAAAGAACCUGGGUACAAGAAGAAGAUGAUGAUACUCAGAAUGAGAAAAAAAUCAGAAAAAGCGAGAUUAAGUUUAGUGAUACUGCACAAGAUCAGCAGAUUUUUGAUCAUCAUGCUGAAGGGGAUAUAGAUAAAAAUGCUAACAGUGUAUUGAUGAAAAGCCUGGGCAGGACCCCAUCUAGUUGCAGCAGUUCUCUGGAUUCGAUCAAGGCUGAUGGGACCUCUCUGGACUUUAGCACAUACCGCAAUAGUCAGAUGGAAUCUCAGUUACUCACAGACACUGUUUGUGAAGAGAGCUUAAAGGAGAAACUCAAAGAUGGGAGAAUAACAGUAAAGGAGUUCUUUAUACUUCUUCAAGUCCACAUUUUGAUACAGAAACCCCGACAGAGCACUCUCCCAGCCAAAUUUACUAUAAACACACAACCUACUCCAGAAGAUCUGAUGUUAAGUCAAUAUGUUUACCGACCCAAGAUACAGAUAUAUAGAGAAGAUUGUGAGGCUCUUCGCCAAAAGAUUGAAGAAUUAAAGCUUUCUGCGUUGAACCAAGAUAAACUGUUAACUGAUGUAAACAGAAACCUAUGGGAAAAAAUGAGACACUGCUCUGAUGAGGAGUGCAUUGUAGCCUUUGACUUUUCCUUACAGCUGAAGACCUUUGGAAUUUACCUGAAUAAAAUUAAAUCACAUUUUACCAAGAUGACUAAAGUCUUCACUCACCAAGGAAAAGUGGCUCUCUACAGCAAGCUGGUGCAAUCAGCGCAGAAUGAGAGGGAGAAACUUCAGAUAAGAAUAGAUGAGAUGGACAACCUACUUAAGAAGAUUGCUAACUGUCUCACUGAGUUGAAAAUAGAAACUAAGAGUUUGGAGGAUGAAAAGAAGGAUUAUCAUAUGGAAGAAUGGGGUUCUGGAAUGAGAACUGCAGAAAAAGAACUGGAACAGCUGAAAACUGAAGAAGAAAAGCUUCAGAGAAAUCUCUUAGAACUAGAGGUACAGAAAAAGCAGACCCUUGCUCAAAUAGACUUUGUUCAAAAACAAACAAAUACAACUGAAGAGCUACUGGAUCAGUUGAGCCUGUCUGAAUGGGAUGUCAUUGAGUGGAGUGAUGAUCAAGCUGUGUUCACCUUUCUUUAUGAUACAAUAGAACUCACCAUCACUUUUGGAGAGCCAAUAGUUGGUCUCCCUUUCCUGAACAAGGCUUAUAGGAGGAUUGUUGACCUGAAUUUUCAAUCUCUGUUAGAUGAGGAUAAAGCCCCUCCUUCCUCCAUUUUAGUUCAUAAGCUUAUUUUUCAGUACAUUGAGGAACAGGAAUCUUGGAAGAAGAAAUGUAUAACACAGCAUCAGGUAUCCAAGAUGCUUCAAGAAAUCUCACUGGUAGUAAGCCAUUGCAGACUCCUUGGAGAGGAGAUUGAGUUUUUAAAGAGAUGGGGACCAAAUUAUAACCUAAUGAACAUAGAUGUGAAUAAUACUGAAUUGAGGCUUUUAUUCUCCAGCUCUGCAGCAUUUGCAAAGUUUGAGAUAACUUUGUAUCUCUCAGCGCAUUACCCAUCUGUCCUAUUACCUUUCUCCAUUAAAAAUCACCUUGGAGACAUCAGCCAAGAUGAAAUUUCUGCCCUUCUAUCUAAAGUGCCACUGGAGGACAACUACCUAAAGAAUGUUGUCAAACAAAUUUACCAAGAUCUGCUUCAGGGCUGUGAUUUCUACCAGUAGACCCUUGGACCACAGCUAUAACAACCAAGCACAGUACACUUAACAAUAGUAUUAUGUUAGAGCCUCCAUCGCUGUUUAAUCUUCAUCUUCAGGUCCUAGAAAGAAGCCUAGUAAAAUUUCUGAUGAUUUUCUAGUUAAAUUGUAGGGUUAGUUUUUAAAGCUCUACAGUCAGGAAUAAUGAAAGGCCUCAAAUAGCCUGCUAUCAACUUGCUCAUCUUUCUGCUAAAGGUUUAAGUGGUAGAACACUUAGAGACAGUUUCUCCUAACUAAAGUGGGGCUCUCUGCUUUAGUACAAGCCUAAGGAAUAACUUUUAAGCAUAAGAGGAGGUGUAACCACUGACAAAAACAUAAGCUAUUUCCCCGUAUAUAGAGCUAUGAUUUUUAGGUUUCCUGGCUUCUGUCUAGCAGAUAUUUCUGGAAUAGUGACAUAUCUGGCUGCAAACUACUCAUCCUCCUUUUUCUCCACUCCAGAAAUGUUAUUAAAAGAAAGCAGUAGCACUCAA